ACACAUGUUUAGGAGAUCGUCAUUAUUGAUGUCUUUGAGGGUAUAUAUAUAUGCCAGCCUGCAGACGUUCCCUUGCAAUUAAUUAUUAACAUUGCAGUAAAUGAGAUAAAUUGUUUGGUAUAGUUGGAUGAACGAUUUGAAGUACAAAUAGGGGGUUAUGCAUAACUUUAAUUUGCUCAGAUCGAAGAAGCAAAACAAAGCCAAAACUACAGUUCUCUCAAUGAAGCUCCCAGCACAUUGUUUUCUGGCUUCAACUUUGAAGUCACUUGUCCGUUUGACAGUACUAUUACUAGUUGUUUCCAGCAACAAAACAAAGGGUGCCGUGAAACUUCCACCAAAUAUCUCGGUUCCAGCAGUGUUGGUAUUUGGAGAUUCGAUCAUGGACACUGGCAACAACAACAACAACUUGAUAACAUCAGCUCGGAGCAACUUCCCACCAUAUGGCCAAGAUUUUAAGGGAGGGAUCCCUACUGGUCGAUUUUGCAAUGGAAAGGUUCCUUCAGAUAUUCUAGUUGAAGAAUUAGGCAUUAAAGAGUUUCUACCCGCAUAUUUGGAUCCAAAUCUCGAGCUUAAUGAAUUACCCACCGGUGUGUGCUUUGCAUCCGGUGGUUCCGGAUACGAUCCUUUGACAUCCCAAACUGCGACAGCUAUACCAUUAUCUGGUCAACUAGACAUGUUCAAAGAAUACAUAGUGAAGCUAAAAGGACACGUUGGAGAGGACAGAACAAACUUCAUCCUAGCCAACGGUCUUUUCUUUGUCGUUUUAGGCAGCAAUGACAUUUCCAACACAUACUUUUUGACCCAUCUUAGAGAACUGCAAUAUGAUGUUCCCACUUACUCCGACUUCAUGCUUAACUCAGCUUCUAAUUUCUUCGAGGAAAUAUAUCAACUGGGUGCACGGAGGAUUGCAGUAGUUAGUGCACCACCGGUUGGUUGUGUACCGUUUCACAGAACAUUGAGUGGUGGAAUAGCAAGAAAAUGUGUACAAAAGUACAACGAUGCAGUGCUGUUAUUUAACGACAAACUGUCGAAGAAAAUAAAUUCCCUUAAUCAGAAACUUCCAAACAGCAGGAUUGUUUACUUCGAUGUUUACAACCCUUUGCUUGAUGUCACUGUGAACCACCAAAAAUAUGGUUACAAAGUCGGGGACAGAGGGUGUUGUGGCACAGGCAAUCUAGAGGUUGCAUUGACAUGCAACCAUUUGGAUGCCACGUGUUCCAACGUUUUGGAUUAUGUGUUUUGGGACGGUUUUCACCCUAGUGAAAGCGUUUACAAACAGCUUGUGCCCCCUCUCCUACAGAAAUAUAUACACCGGUUUGCGUGAGCAAUUAAUCUAUUUCCUUUUUACACAAAUCUAUCUCUGAUUUUUUAUGUAAUUUCGGGUUUGAUUAAUUCUUAGCUACGUGGCUACCAAAUAAUUCGUUAUAUCUAAAAGCUAAAAAAUCAUGCAUACAAUUUCUAGAGGGUUGUGGCUUUUUCAGACAAUAGUAGCAGAAACAAGUGCCUCUGAGAUGCAUUUUCUUUGAGAUGCAUUUUAUAUUUUGAGUGCAUAGCUUGCUCAAAAGUAUGGAAGCUAAAUUGGAUUAUCAUUUUCUCAGCUUUGCGUAAUAAUUGCAAGGUCUGUUAUCUUCAAUUUCUCGCUUAAUUACUAAGUUGUUGUUCAGUCUUGAGGAAGGAGCGGCAAACUAUUUGGCACGCAGUAGUAUGAAAUAGAAUUAUUUUGUAAUAAAAAAAGAUCGGAGAUAGAAGAAAUAGUGGAUUCAGGUUUAUGAUAUGGUAUCUUGCUUUUAAAUUUGAUGUGGUAUUUUUUAUUCAAUCUUAUUUUGAGGGGUCAUGCAAAUUUGACUCGAGUUUAUGAUGUGGUGGUAUCUUGCAUAUGCUGCAUAUUGACAUUUAGUGCUUCUAGUUGUCACACGAUAUCUGUUAUGGUGGCAUAUAUUUAAUGUGGAUCUCUUUGUAUUUGCCUUAUUUGGCGGACCAUACUUGUCCAGAUUGUCAUUUUCUAAGGCACGAGGAAUGUUGUGGCUAAAUUUGGGCGUAGGGAGAGAUUUAUAUUUUAAAUUGCUGGAGUUAUUAGCUAGAGUAGUUUUAUUCUUUUGACAAUGAUGAACAAAGUUUAAGUAUCCAUUUAAUUAUCAGUGUGUUUAGCA